AUUAUUGUCCCUUCCACCAGUGUAGCACAAGUGGCGCGUAUAAUGAAAGUGUUAGGAAUAAAUAGUGAUUUAGUAAGUAGCUUAUUUUCAGUGGGAAAAUUGUACUUUUAAGCACAAAAAUAUAGUUUAACUUCCAGAGAAAAGAAGGAUAUGAAAUGUUACGUGUUAAACGUGUAUUUAAAUAAAGCCGACUGUAAAGCUACCAAAUGUUUAUGUCAGCGGCUAAGCUAAUGUUUUUGUUAGCGGCUAAGCUAAGUGUUUGUGAAGCUUGUUUAUUCCUUUAACAGAGAAAUUGUUUAUUAUUUGUUAUUAUUUGCAGUCAGGGUUGGUUUAGAGAGAGAAAAACGAGGUGUACGGAGGUCUAGCUGAGCUAUAUAGAGCUCAUAACAUGCAGGUGAAGCUAAAUGGAGAUUUCUAGUCGAAGCAGACAUGAAUCCUUCAGUCAGGCGAAAACUCACUGAUAACAAACCUGGAUUUUCCCGAGACAAGAGCAGCAAAGGGGAAGAGAAUGAAGGUAAACAGGGAACAUCGAGUGUUUCUCUUCCUUCGUCUUCAUCCAGAGAAGAAGAGCCAAGUGCAAACAGCACAGAGUCGUCGAGACGAGCAGGAAGGAGUAAAGCUGAAGCAAAGCGUGACUUAUCGUCAGAUGAUGAUGCAGAGAAGACUCUUAUCAUCACAGUCGGUAGCGAGCAGAGCUGCUCUCGGCAAAGUGGGAAAGCCAAAGUAGGUGUGAAGAGAAAACGAGAGAUGAGUGAAACAGGGCUCCAGCAAGAGGAGGAUGAACUCCAGCCGGAGGUGGAGAUUGACCGAGAGCUGGACAGGGAGCUGGAGAACAAGUCACGUCAACAUAACCUGACCUCAGCUAACGUGCGCAGUAUUAUACACGAGGUGAUUACCAACGAGCAUGUUGUGGCAAUGAUGAAAGCUGCUAUCAACGAGACCGAACCCGUUCCUGUGUUUGAGCCUAAGAUGACUCGCUCUAAGUUGAAGGAGGUUGUGGAGAAAGGAGUGGUUAUUCCUACUUGGAACAUUUCGCCGAUCAAGAAGCCAAGCAAAUUACAGGGCCCACAGUUUGUGGACAUUCCUUUAGAGGAGGAGGAUUCGUCUGAUGAAGAGUACCACCCUGAUGAAGAGGAGGAGGAUGAGACAGCCGAGGAUACACUUCUGGAAAGUGAUUUGGAGAGUACAGCAUCAUCACCACGCGGCAGUCGACUAAACCUUAACAGAUCCUACAGCGAACAUGAUGUGGAAAACAGCUGCAGCCCCAGACAGAUAGCACAUAGCUCCCGCAGGUCACAGCAUGUGCGGGUGGCGGUUGUACCCAUGGGCCCACCUCCACCUCCUCAGGGCCCGGAGCCUCCACGACUCCAGACUGAUUGCAGCUUCAUGGAGAAACUACACGCUGUGGAUGAGGAGCUGGCUAUUGGUUCUGACUGCAUGGACUCUUACCAGACUCUUGCCAGUACUGGAGUAGAAGGUGAAGAGAGCCUAAUGGCUUUCCGCACUCGUUCCAAACGGCCACUGAGAGACGUGCCUCUGGGUCGUUUAGAGGCGGAGCUUCGAGCUCCCGACAUCACCCCGGAUAUGUAUGAGUUUGGCCUCGCCCCUGAGGACAGAGAGUGGACACAGUGGCUGCAGGGCCUCAUGAACUCCGACGUAGAGAACGAAGAGGAGGGUGAUGACGAAGAUGAUCCAGAGUAUAACUUCCUGGCUGAAAUCGACGAACCGGAUGUGGAAGAUUACCGCAACGACAAGGCAGUGCGCAUCACCAAGAAAGAAGUGAAUGAUCUGAUGGAGGAGCUGUUUGACACUUUUCAGGAUGAAUUAGGGGGUCAGGAUGAUGAAGGCCAUGAGGAGGAGGAGGAAAAGGAGGAAGAAGACAAUCACCAGCAAGAGCCACCCAGUAUUCUGGAAACAACUCAGUAUGAGGACCCAUUGGCAGACAUUCUGAACCAGCGCUACAGCACAGUAAAGGAGCAGUUGGAUGCUAUCCGCAAUCGAAAGGCCCUGUUGGAGAUUAAAGGAGUGUCAGUUCCCCUCAAACGCUCCUCUUGCCCCACCUCAUUGUAUCUAAGCCCCACACAGAAGCUCUGCCUCCAGCAGCACAUACAACAGCACGUGCAGCUCCUGACGCAGGUCAACAUGCUGAGCAGGUCAGUGGAAGCUCUUCAGACUGAGGCCUGCACAGCUCGACAGUUCCUGUCAGAGCUGCAGUUCUUUGCAGAACAAGCAGAACAGGCACAUCGGGUCAUGGAUCCUGGAUUCGUCAGCAUCUUCAGAGUGUGUAACCUGCAGCCUGCUGUGUCUCUGCUCGAGGAACUGGAUCAGUCUCCUAAAUCGGACGCUCAUAAACCUUACCCCGUGUUCCAAGGGUCCCUGAUUUCAGCUGAUCUAGCCUGGUUGAUGGUGACGCGCCCAGUGUUUCUCUACCCACAACUACUUCCUGUGGUUAGACUUCGCCGGUUUAGUCAGAAAGGGCCUUUUACAUCUGCAGAAAACUGUCUGGUGGUUUUAGGACAUCAGCACCUAAAGGGCACCGUGAAUCCUUUCAGGCUGACCUGUCAGUACCUGCUUGCAUCAAGAAAUGUCAUCUGCCUGAGAAUAUUCAUUCGCUCAGCAUGUCGCAAACAACGUCCCAACUUCGUAAAGAGAUACUUUCUAGAAGGAAAAUGUCCCCCCAUGCCUUUGGCCUGUGAGAAAGUUUGUCCCGGUGAUCAGCGUCCCCCAGUGGAAAGAGAGACACACCUCAUGCCUCGCUGGCUUUCGAAAAACCUUAAACUAAUCCAUGAAGAAGUGCGAAAAUACAAUCUUCAGCUCUCCAAUACUGAACAUGUCAAUCCUGAGGAAGACACUGCCUCGAAAGAUGAGUCAUCCUGUCCAUCCUACAGCUUUCCCCCAGGUACCCGCUACCCUCCCAGCCUGCCCGAUUCCCUCACCCGCACUCUUAAACAACACCAUUUUCCAGUUCCUAAAUCCUCUAGAAAAAAGAAAUCACGUUCACGCACUACAAACCAAUCCAAAACACCGCCUUCGAUGAAAGAUCUGGAGAAAGCUCUGAGUCGUCUACCACCUCUUCUGCCAAAGUUUGCUAACCAGAACAUUGAGCCUGAUCGGAAUGUUUCUAAAAAGCAAAAAAUUAAAUGUAGAACUAAAUCCACUCAAAGUGCUGGGAAGACUAGAAACUCAAAAAAUUCAUCAAAACGAAACCAAGGAAAUGCUGUAAUUUUACCCACCACUCCGGUUACUUCCAGUGGAGAAACCCAGAUAUCAGUGCCACCUGCUGGUGCAGUAGGUCAGGGAAACGUCAUCAUGGCUUUAUCUAACGCACUCAUAUGCCCUACCCAGAGUGCUACACUAGUGGUCCAGACGACGUCAUCCUUCAACCCGUUGGUUAAAGAGCACAUGAAUCAGCGCUGUGGCACAUUACUCAAGCUGAGCAUGGGACAAAGCCCCAAUUUAAACCCUCUAUCUGUAUCUUCUCAAUAUUUUCUACUGCCUACAGGCUGCGUAGUUACAAACAGCCUAAACGUGAACCCGGAUCACAGCAGGAAAUCCAGUGCAGCUCAGGAAUCAGGGCUGAAAGACCUUGACAGACCUUUAGAGAAGUUUCCAGAAAGCACAACAGUUUCUCAAGCUAGCGUCGCUGAAGGUAACACCGUCCAUGUAAACAACAUAACGGAGACGACAGUUCAUGAGGAGGAACUUGAGUACGGAGACGACGACUUUAGAGAGCGAUUCCUCACCUUGUCAGAGUCUUCUGGAAGCCCAGCAGCUAGUUUGUCUGGGGACGACGAUGGCAUGGAGACAGUGGAUGAUGUAGAGGAACACAGGCAAAGAGCAUCACCGACAUCGAGGACUGCGCAGCAGAAUGAGCAGCCAUGCUGGACCGAAGAAGAGAACGGCAAGAGGGAAGAUGCAGGGAUGCAGGAGGAGAAGUCACAAAGCCCGGCCAACAUCACAUCAUCUGCUUCUGUAACAGAAGGACUGACUUUGCCAGAGAUUCAGGAGAUGAUGGAGAAAAGACUGGAAGAAAUGCCAGCUACAGGACAAGACAUCCAGGAGUCAGGGCUUCUCCACAGAGAUUUGUCUGAUGAGGAUCCUCUAAGAGAAGUUAAAGACAUCGCCUUUGCACAAGCUUAUUUAGAGAAGGUGUGUGAGGCUCUGCAGGCGCUGCCGGGGAAGGUGGAGGAGUUCCUGAGCGUUCUGUACGAGUUUCAGAGUAACCCCAAUGGCAUUAAGGCUGUGGAUCUCUUCAAGAGACUCCAGCCUGUACUGAGCAACUGGCCUGAGCUGCUCCGAGACUUUGCUGCCUUUCUGCACCCAGAACAAGCACAGGAGUGUGGCCUGCUGGAGGAGCAGCAGGCGUUUGAAAGAAGUCGGAGGUUCCUGCGGAAGCUGGAGCGUAGUUUCGGAGAACACUCCAUGCACUACAGGAGGGUGGUGCGCACUCUGCAGCAGGGGCUACCUAAAAGUCACAGAGGCUCAGAAGAGAUGAAGGCUCAGAUAGCGAUGCUCUUUCGUGACCACACCCACUUGCUGGAGGAGUACUGGGUGUUUUAUGAGCAGCUCCACCCCACAAUGCCACAGCACAUGUCUGAUGAUGAUGAUGAUGAAGAAGAGGAUGAGUUGGAGACUGACGGCAUACCCAGUGCUCACAUGGUACACAGUGUAGGGGAAAGCCAGCGAAUCGAGAAGGCAGCAUAUCAAAUAAGUCAAAGCCACAUUCAGAGUACCCAUGUACCAGAGAGCCGUAGUGUAGGAACAGAGAUAACAGAUGAGCAGAACAGAGACAAACACCACAAAGCUUCACAGAGUCCCUUCUGUGCCAAGAACAGUUCACGCACGCCAAGCGGAGAGAAAGUUGUGCUCUGGACAAGGGAAGCAGAUCGUGUGAUACUUACCACAUGUCAGCAAAGAAGAGCCUGUCAAAGCACCUUUACAUCUAUUGCUGCUCAGCUGGGUAAUAAAACAGCCACAGAGGUUGGUGCACGCUAUCAGCACCUUAUAAAACUGUUCCACAAAUCAUCAUCACGGCAGCCACAUGGACCACGAGGGCCAGUUCCACCUGAGUGAAGAGAAAUCAGACUAGUGCAUGUUUACAGUUCACAUCAAAUGUUCUAUUAAUUUUGCAUUCAGAAUGCACAAAGCACAAACUCACAGCCUUUGAUUUGGACUUUUCCUCUUAAAUAAAGUUUUAGUCUGUUUAGUUGAAACCAUUUGGUUAUGUAGGCAGUUUUACAUCAGGUUUUAUGUUAAAAAUACAGAAUCACACUACCAUUUUUUAUGAUCUACUGGUACUACUUGGAUUAAAUGUGAAGAGAGGAACGUGCUGUCUGUGACUGGGAUCCAUGACCGCGGACCAUCGAGAAGGUUUUGAAGGACAAAAUGUUUCAUCGUAGUAACAGCGCGAUGGAGACGAUGAGGGAGGUCAAUCACAGGAACACUGGGCGUGACGUGAGGAUACU